CCCCAUCGUAACCAGACAUCAGUGGUCUGCGGAUGUUUAGUGAGCUCGCUGCUGCUAGCUUUUGUUUGCAGUUCACUAAGCUAGCUUCCGUAAAAAAAUCACAUCAGCGCAGCGGAGUGUGGAAACGACGCACAUGUGCGACGUGGUGCAUCUCGAAAUAAAAUCAAGUCUGGACUGAAACUUUUAGUGGACACCAGCAUCUUUCUUUGCCACUGCUCCUGCUCUCCUCACACCCAUCCAACUGCUCCUACUGAUCGCCUCCUUCACGCCUCAACAUGGCAGCUUUGUUCCCACUCUGGCAGUGUCACUGACCUUCACCGUGGACUACCACCAUGGAGAGAAAACGCAGAAAGAAAUUAAAUUAGCUGCUCAGGCUGUUUGCAGUAUGGACUCCUUUUUAGAGCUCUGGACCUGAAAUGCUGUGUCCCAUUCCUGACCUUGAUCCAGCUUUUAGCUGCUCCCUUUUCAUCUGAAACAGCACAUCUGCCUCUCAAGUUUACAGAGCCUGGUCAAACCGAUGGUUUGCAGGACUUCACCGCUCAAAAUGCUCCCGGUUCCCGUGUGGGCGUCCAUGCUUCUGUGCCUGCUGUUGGGCUUCCUGCCUGUGGUGGGCAUGGAGCCUGCAGGGGAACACACCCCUAACCCGGACCCCCUCCCCUCGUCAUCUGCCUCCAACUGCUCCGAGCUAACCCUCAAGCUGGAGUUUUCCUCCAAGGUGGUGGAGCAUGAGUACAUCGUAGCAUUCACGGGAUAUUUCUCCGCCAAAGCUCGCAGCCUGUACAUCAGCAGUGCCCUGCGAAACAACGGGGACCAAGCGCUCGAGUGGCACAUCGUCCGCAGAGAGAACCCAGCGUCCAACUUUCCCAGCGACUUUGAGCUGAUCCACAUCCGGCAAGCUUCACCUCGCAGUCUGCUCACCCUGGAGGAUCACCCUUACAUCAAGAGGGUCACGCCGCAACGCAAAGUGUUCCGCACGCUCAAAUACAUUCCCUCACCUGAACCUGCCGCACCCUGCAAUUCCACCAGAGGGACGCACAAAUGGCAGUCGUGGCAAUCGUCUCGUCCUUUCCGAAGAACCAGCCUGUCGCUCGGUUCGGGUUUCUGGCACGCCACCGGGCGCCACUCCAGCCGGCGUCUGCUGCGUGCCAUCCCCCGCCAAGUUGCCCAGAUCCUGCAGGCAGACGUACUCUGGCAGAUGGGACACACCGGUUCUGGUGUGAAGGUGGCAGUGUUUGACACGGGCCUCAGCGAGAAGCACCCACAUUUUAAGAAUGUGAAGGAGAGGACCAACUGGACUAAUGAGAAGACACUAGACGAUGGUCUGGGCCAUGGUACGUUUGUAGCAGGAGUGAUAGCCAGUAUGAGGGAGUGUCAGGGCUUUGCCCCCGACUCAGAGCUGCACAUCUUCAGAGUCUUCACCAAUAACCAGGUAUCCUACACCUCGUGGUUCCUGGAUGCUUUCAACUACGCCAUUCUGAAGAAGAUCGAUGUUCUUAACCUCAGCAUCGGUGGACCCGACUUCAUGGAUCACCCUUUUGUUGAUAAGGUGUGGGAGCUGACGGCCAAUCGAGUGAUCAUGGUUUCUGCCAUUGGGAAUGAUGGACCUCUCUAUGGCACGCUGAACAACCCGGCGGACCAGAUGGACGUGAUCGGAGUCGGAGGCAUCGACUUUGAGGACAACAUCGCCAGGUUUUCCUCCAGAGGCAUGACCACCUGGGAGCUGCCAGGAGGCUACGGCAGAGUGAAGCCUGACAUCGUCACGUACGGCUCUGGCGUCCGCGGGUCAGGGCUGAAGGAGGGAUGUCGCUCUCUGUCGGGCACCAGCGUUGCCUCCCCUGUGGUGGCUGGUGCUGUCACUCUCCUGGCCAGCACUGUCCUCAACCGGGAGUUGGUGAACCCGGCCUCUAUGAAGCAGGCUCUGAUCGCAUCAGCCCGCAGGCUGCCCGGGGUGAACAUGUUUGAGCAGGGCCACGGGAAACUUGACCUUAUCAGAGCAUAUCAGAUACUCAACAGCUACCGACCUCAAGCCAGCCUGUCACCCAGCUACAUUGACCUGACCGAGUGUCCGUACAUGUGGCCUUACUGCUCACAGCCCAUCUACUACGGAGGAAUGCCCACCAUAGUUAAUGUGACCAUUCUGAACGGCAUGGGCGUCACAGGCAGGAUUGUUGACAAGCCCAUCUGGCAGCCCUACCUCCCUCAGAACGGCGACCACAUCGAUGUGGCCGUCUCAUACUCGCCGGUGCUGUGGCCGUGGGCCGGAUAUCUGGCGGUGUCCAUCUCUGUGGCCAAGAAAGCGGCUUCCUGGGAAGGGAUCGCUCAAGGCCACGUGAUGGUCACCGUGGCAUCGCCCGCAGAGAACGACUCUGAGGUGGAUGGAGAGCUGACAUCUACAGUCAAGCUGCCCAUCAAGGUGAAGAUCGUGCCGACUCCCCCGCGCAGCAAGAGGGUGCUGUGGGAUCAGUACCACAAUCUACGCUACCCACCGGGCUACUUUCCCCGAGACAACCUCCGCAUGAAAAACGACCCUCUCGACUGGAACGGGGACCACAUCCAUACAAACUUCAGGGACAUGUACCAGCACCUGAGGAGUAUGGGAUACUUUGUUGAGGUGCUGGGAGCUCCCAUCACCUGCUUUGAUGCUAGCCAGUAUGGCACGUUGUUAAUGGUGGACAGCGAGGAGGAGUAUUUCCCCGAAGAGAUCACCAAGCUGAGGAGAGACAUCGAUAACGGCCUGUCACUCAUUGUCUUCAGCGACUGGUACAACACCUCAGUCAUGAGGAAAGUCAAGUUCUACGAUGAAAACACAAGGCAAUGGUGGAUGCCGGACACAGGGGGCGCUAACAUACCAGCUCUGAAUGAUCUGAUCUCAGUGUGGGGGAUGGCGUUCAGUGACGGGCUCUACGAGGGAGACUUCACCUUGGCUGAUCAUGACAUGUACUACGCCUCAGGCUGCAGCAUUGCACGUUUCCCAGAAGACGGAAUAGUCAUUGCCAAGAACCUGAAGGACCAAGGUCUGGAGGUGUUAAAGCAGGAGACGGCCGUGAUAGAGGGAGUUCCCAUCCUGGGACUGUACCAAACGCCAUCAGACGGGGGAGGGCGCAUCGCCCUGUACGGAGACUCUAACUGUAUUGACGACAGCCACAGACAAAAAGAUUGUUUCUGGCUGUUGGACGCUCUCCUUCAGUACACGUCGUACAGUAUGACUCCUCCCAGCCUCAGCCACUCCCACAGCAGGGUAGUUCCUCCCACUGGCACGGACCGCCCCCUGCCUCAGAGACUGGAAGGAAACCACCUUUACCGCUACUCCAAGGUCUUGGAGGCUCACCUGGGAGACCCGAAGCCCCGCCCACUACCUGCAUGCCCCCACCUGUCGUGGGCAAAGCCACAGCCACUGAACGAGACGGCACCCAGUAACCUUUGGAAGCACCAGAAACUUCUCUCAGUGGAUCUGGACAAGGUGGCUCUACCUAACGUGAGGGCGUACCGACCCCAGGUCCGACCUCUGUCUCCUGGAGAGAGCGGGGCCUGGGACAUUCCUGGAGGGAUAAUGCCGGGUCACUACAACCAGGAAGUAGGCCAGACUAUCCCCGUCUUUGCCUUCCUGGGAGCGAUGGUCGUCUUGUCCUUUUUCGUGGUGCAGCUCACCAAGGCCAGGAGCAAACCCAAGCGCAGGAAACCGCGCAUCAAGCGGCCCACGUACCUGCAGCAGCAGCAGCAGCAGCAGACGACCACGACAACGACAACCACGGGGAAAAACCCCACAGUUUGACUGUGAGUGCAGCACUGAACUGCUCCUGGGUGGAUGCAGGGCCGGGGUUUUACCUCUGACACACUUUGUAAAGGGACAACCCGCGUUUCAAAGCAACAGUGGACGUUUGAAAUGAUCAACUGCUGACGCAGGCGUCUCCAACUGUGUUCGGACUCCAUGUGAACAGCCAUCCAGAUGUGUUGUCAGUUUUGUGCCUCUCGUCUGUUCCCGGGCUGUUCCGUGAGUGUUUGUGGACUAAUGAACAAACAGUAUUAGACAGUGUUACACACACACACGUGAUGUAUAACACAUGUCUGUUUUUAAAAAACA